AUGGAGAUUGAAAUGCAAGCCAUCGCGAGUCGACUCACCGCGCCGAACGCGCCGGGCCUGCGCGGCGCUCUGACCGAUGCCGAUGGGUUCCCGAUCGCUGGAUGCGAUUUAUACGCCGUUCGCGCCGAUCGAGGGCGGUACGACGUGCUUCGGAACGAUUAUAAACGAAUCAUGACCGAGUUGGAAUCUCGCGUGAUUCGGGGAAUGCAAGGAGACGGGGAGGUGAUGAAGGGCGUCGGGGCGCCGACGCCGACGCCGACGCCGACGGAGGACGCGGCGCCGACGGAGAACGACGUCGGAAGGGCGUUCAUGGUGAUCGAUGAAAUCAUGGACGGAUGUCCCGGGGAAGUCGAUGGACUGCGCGUGGGUGAUCGCGUGUGCGCCGUAGGAAACGUGACGUGGGGAUUCGAGGACCCGAGCGCGUCUCCGCCGGCGGAGGUGUUGCGAAACGCCACGCAGACGUUUGCGGAUAAUGAGAAUUCUGUCGUUCGGGUCGUGGUGUUGCGUCGAGGUGAGCGCGUAGCAGUAGAAGUGACUCCGCGCGCGUGGUCGGGUCGAGGUUUAGUCGGAUGUCACAUGCGUUCGGUGUGA